CUCUCUUCUUCUUCUUCUUCUUCUUCUUUCUGGUGCGUUUGUUUGUGUGACGGCGAGUCCCGGCGGUGUAACCGGAGAGGGGCCUCAGAGAGGGAAUGCAGGACUGCAAUGGAGCACAAUGCAAUACAGUGGUUGGGUGCCCCCUCCUGCCAGCGAGGCAGCUACGCCUUCUAUAAGUCGGUUGGCAGCAGAGCUCAACCCGACGGGCCGGUCCAGGUGUGGAAGCUCGGGGAGUUCUACUUCAUCCGCUGUGGCCCGCAGGAUCCAGUAUGCAUCGCAGAGGUGACCUUACUGUGGGAGGACCAGACACGACGCCACCUUCUGGCCAGCGCCAGACUCUACUUCCUGCCUGAGGACACACCGAAGGGGCGGACCAGGGAGCACGGAGAGGAUGAGGUUCUGGCGGUGUCCAGGAAGAUGGUGGUGCGGGUGGAGGACCUGGUGCAAUGGGCGUGUGCAGAGUCGGCAGGUUGGAUCAGCAGCUUGAAGCCGGCGCCCUGCGGUACCAACGGCCUCCACAAGCCUCUACAGAGCAGCGACGGUAACAUCAGCAGCGACAACAACAAGAGCAGCGAGCAGCUCCAAGUCAAAACUGAGAGCGACCUGGUGGAGCGUCAGGGCAUCAGAGUGCUCAGCUACCCGCAGUACUGCCGCUUCCGCUCCCUGCAGAGACGCAUCCAGGACGGAGCGAGGGGCCCGGGGCUGCAGGACCCCCACCUGCUGGCCCUGGGAGGCCUCAAGGCGCUGUCCAACAUCCGGCUGAUGUUCUGCAGGGACACCUUCAACCACCCGACGCUGGAGAGCGCCAGCUUCUCCUUGCAGUUCAGAUGUCCGUCUCUCAGUCUUCGAGGGCGACCUCGCAAGAGGAGAGGCCGAGACGACAAAGACUCCCCGAACUCCGGCCAAUCAGAGUCCUGGAUCGAGAGGAUGAAGGAGAACGUGAUGGGCAGCGUGGAGGUCGGCUGUGAGGGCAGCUGGCUCCCCGACCCUGAAGAGCAGCUGUUCCUGGAUCAGCUCUUCGCCCACAUGGAACGCCUCGGCUCGCCCAUCCACAAAGUCCCCAACCUCGGCUUCAAGAAGAUUGACCUCUUCCUCAUGUACUCUGUGGUCAAGCGGCUUGGAGGCUACAAAAGGGUGACAUUGGACCGUCUCUGGAAAAUAGUCUAUAACGAACUGGGAGGAUGCCCCGGCAGCACCAGUGCUGCUACCUGCACCAGGAGACACUACGAGAGGCUGAUGCUUCCUUAUGAAGAGCACCUCAGAGCAGGAGGAGCAGAAUUCAAAAUCCCAGAAUCCCCCAUGCCUCCGAAACCCAGAGGGAUAAGAGGAAGGAAACCACUUCAGAGAGGCAGAAAACCAGGACCCAAAUCCAAGGACAAGAAGAUGACGACAACCCCUGCUGCUGUUUCUCGUACUACCGUGAACCCGAUCGGCGCCGUGAUGAUGAAGAGAGGCCGAGGCCGGCCGCCGGGCACACGCAACAAGGCCACGCUGAUCGCUCAGGCCAAGAUGAUGGCUCAGCAGCAGGCCAAAGCCAAAACGGCGCCCGAGCCUCAGCAGCAGAGUCCUCCGCUUCCAGUCAGAGGGGAAGGUGGACCGACACCCAGCAGCACCCACAGGCCCAUCCAGCCGGCUCUCCUCCCUGUCAACAUGCCCCUCACCCCCGACCUCUCCCCCAUGUCCGCCCCCUUCCUCCCCUUCCUGCACAAACCAAAGGAGCCGAAGCCGGACCGGGGGACUCUGCGGCUCCUGCUCCGGGCGUGCUCCUCUCCACGCUGCCUCGCCACUUCGUCGGAGGAUCUCUGGGCGGCUUCAGCCCCAUCAAAGGCGUCUGUCCUCUGGACGUCUUCAGGAAGCGCAUCAGCCUCCAGAGAGGCCCGGAGAGCCCGGCGCUGACGCCCCAGGACCCGACCCAGCACCUCCCGACCAUCUACACACUCCAGCCCAAAAGUGGGAGCCCGGAUACGCCUCAUCCGAGCGGGGACCAGCUUCA